GAUGUAUAUAUAUAUGUAUGUAUAUUUAUAAGCAUUGUCUUCGUUUAAUAAGAUGUCAAGCUUCUCUCAUUACAAAGGUUAAAGUACAAGCAAGUGGUGGAAGAGUCUGUAUCAGGUGGCUCACAUUCAGCGCACACCACCACACACACCCUCUUCUCACACACGUACAUAUACAUAUAUAAACAAGCGGUCGGUCGCAACUGCAGUCGUUUAGAAAGCUUACUUUAAGAAUAAUUGGUUCUGCAGAAGGGGAAAGCAAAAAAAAAAAAAACAGAAUUUGUUUAUAACCAUGUCGUCGUCCGAAGGUAGAACCGUUGUUAUUGGAAUGGAUGGUAGCGAAUAUUCGGAAUAUGCAUUCAACUGGUACAUGGAACAAGUCUACAGACAAAAUGACCAUAUCAUCUUGGUUUACUGCCCAGAGUUUCAGUCCAUUACACAUUCUCCCUAUGUUAUGGCUGAUGUGACCAUCUUGGUUGACAUGAUGAAAGAGGAAGAGAAACAAGUUAAAGCACAGUUAGAAAAAUUUGGUGAAAUGCUGAAAAAUGCAGGAGUUGGCGGCAAAGUGAAAAGCAUAAAUGGUCGUCCUGGAGAAGUAAUUGUAAACGUUGCCAAAGAAGACAACGCUUCUUUAAUCGUCACUGGCACAAGAGGAAUGGGUACUAUAAGACGUACUCUGGUUGGCAGUAUUAGUGACUAUGUUAUUCAUCAUUCCCCUGUUCCUGUAUUGGUUUGCAGAUCGAAAGACCACCAUCAUCAUGGCAAAGAACACCAUGGGAAAGAACAGCAUUAGCACCUCGAUCCAUCUGGAAAAUAUUUUAUAUCUACUAAUUAGAUUUUUCAUAUAAACUAAUUAGAUUAUAUACAUAUACAUAUCUGUGCGUGCACGUGUGUGUGUGUGUA